ACUGGUUGGUAAAGAGAGGAUCCGCGAGAUUGAUACGAUGCCGCAGGCACGAUGGUGGAACCCUGUUAUCGGGAGCGGUCGGCUUAGGACGUGGGAACGGCUGUCCACGUACGCGGGGUCAGGGACGACGGGAGGUAGAACAUCCGCACGUCUGACGGUUACACGGCCGGUAGUCCAGCGGUCGGCUGUCGACAGAACGCUCCGUCGUGGUAUGGCGAACAGUGCACCCGGAAGGAAGGUCCUCACCGAGGACAAUGUCUUCACGAACCUGCGGAAAAUGGAGUAUGCGGUACGCGGGCCCCUUCUCCUGCGUGCCUUGGAAAUCGAAAAGGAACUGCAGAAGGGAGCCAAGAAACCGUUCAAGGAAGUGAUAAAGGCUAAUGUGGGAGAUGCACACGCCAUGGGUCAGCGACCAAUAACCUUCUUGAGACAAGUACUGACUUUGACAGUGUCACCGAAUCUCCUGGACGAUCCCACUUACCCAGAGGACGUCAAGGAACGAGCUAGAACACUGUUGUGCGGCUGUAAAGGAGGCAGCGUUGGCUCGUACUCAGAAUCAGCCGGGAUUGAGAUCGUCCGCAGACACGUGGCUGAAUACAUCCAGAAUCGUGAUGGACUUCCUUCUGACUACCGCAACAUCAUCCUCUCAAACGGAGCCUCAGAUGGAAUCAAAUCAUUCCUGAAGCUGUUCAAUGAAAGACUGGAUGGAAAACCAUCGGGGGUGAUGAUCCCUAUCCCACAAUAUCCUCUGUAUUCUGCCACACUGGCAGAAUUUGGGCUAGCCCAGGUAGGCUACUAUUUGAACGAGGAGAAUAAAUGGGGAUUGGAUAUCUCUGAGCUAGACAGAGCGUUGAACGAGUCAAGAAGAACCUGUAAUCCUCGCGUAUUGGUUGUAAUAAACCCUGGUAAUCCGACUGGCCAGGUUCUUACGCGCAGCAAUAUCGAGGAUAUCAUUCAAUUCGCUUAUAAGAAUCAUCUGUUCUUACUGGCGGAUGAAGUGUACCAAGACAAUGUCUACGACAAGGACAGUGCCUUCCAUUCGUUCAAAAAAGUGAUGUUAGAAAUGGGUGAACCGUACUCUCAAAUGGAACUGGCGUCUUACAUGUCUGUGUCUAAAGGAUACAUGGGUGAGUGUGGAAUCCGCGGCGGGUACGCGGAGAUCAUCAACAUGGACCCCAAAGUUAUGGCAAUUUUACUGAAGUCCAUCUCAGCGAUGCUGUGUCCAACUGUCCUUGGCCAGGUGGUGAUGGACGUUGUAGUAAAUCCACCGAAACCGAAGGAGCCGUCGUAUCCGUUAUUCAUAAAAGAAAAAGAGGAGACAUUGCGCUCAUUGGCAGAGAGAUCCCAGCUGGUGGUUGACACAUUGAACAGCAUUCCAGGAUUUAAGGUGAAUCCGGCCAUGGGUGCUAUGUAUGUGUUUCCACAAAUUGAUCUCCCCAAAAAAGCCAUAGAGGCAGCUAAAGCAAAAGGUCAACACCCUGAUGUCUUCUACGCCUUCAAACUCUUAGAGACCACUGGAAUAUGUGUGAUACCUGGCUCUGGGUUUGGACAGCGACCGGGAACAUACCACUUCAGGACCACAAUUUUACCACAAAAGGAUACAAUUAAAGCCAUGCUCGAUAGUCUGAAACAGUUCCACUUAAGGUUCCUGGAAGAGUACAAAUAAUCAUAAAAUUGUUAGUUGUUGCAUUUUAUGCUGUCCUUGAAGUGCCAGUCACCAUGUGCAGGUUACAUGUAUCUUAAAAGAAACAGUAUUAUGUUCACACGAAAGCUAUAAAGAAUUUUACUUAAAAUAUUAAAUUUCGCAUUUUAUAAUGAACAGGUUUGAGGGAAGAGCAUUUUAAAUUUUUUAGCCAAGGAAAUUAGACUUAAUAUUACCACAUGUUUGCGCCACUGGGUACAUCAAUUGUUUGCACAAGUUUUGGCACGGAAAGGAAAGAGAUUCUUUUUUCUGAGUGCAUUAUUUACAAGAACAAAAUUCAUCGAAUAUUUGUAUAUAGUAUAAAAUAAUUAUGUUAAGAAAUUGAGUGGUAUACUAAUCGAUGAAGUUUCUUUCAGAAUGUAUGGUGGGUGUUUGCGAGUGUGUCUCAGUAAUUUGUGAUAGUAGCAGUCGUAAUGAUGUUUUUAUAAUACUCACAACAAUGUUUCCAGGUCAGAUAUAUACGUUCAGUCAAGCAUCUAACUUACCUUUGUUACAGGCAAUUUAUCUAUGUAACAAAGAACACGUAGGAAAAUGAAAAAUCAAUUCUAGUAUUUAUAUUAUGUAUGCGAUAUAAAAUUCACCCACCAGGAGACUUAAGUGUUCACGUUAGUCCAAGAUCCUCAUUAACUUAAUAACAUUUCAGAGAAAGUUUCAGAAUGGAACUAGAUUCAAGUAUCCUAUAUAAAAUGACAAUAUGAUCAAUUGUAUGCCCUAUUUGAAAAGACACUGUUUUUAUGUGGAUUUUGAAAACAAAUGAGCUUUCAAAAGGAAUACGAAUCAGAAAAUAAACCAACCACACUGUACUCUACUAAUUAACUUAUCAUUAUUAAAAAAAUAUUUUUUUGAGAGCUUCUGUUGUUAACAAAAA